AUGUUAAUAAAACCUUUCGUGCACCACCUCCGAUGUGAUCGAAUGCAGUCUCUUUACAGAUGUGAUGAUAUGAACCUUCUUUUAACAUCAAAUCCAUCCAUAUUUUUUGAUACUGUUAUUGACUUUAGUGCUUACCAUCAGGAGGCAGUGUCUGAUGUGAUGAAUAUUCUCCAGAACAGGAUUGGGUUCUAUGUGCUUAUCAGUACUGAUUCUGUGUAUGAAGUCUGUAUCAAGAACCACUUCCAACCCACAAGAGAAUCAGAUGCUGUCCGUCCCACAAAUGAAGCACUCCUCAAAGAAUACAACCAAAAAGAUGAUUAUGGUAACCGGAAGUUGCAAUGUGAAGAAAUACUUACAUCUCAAAGUGGGAGCAACAAAGUCCCCUAUAUCAUUUACCGCCUACCUGAUGUCAUUGGACCCCGAGACAAUACAUAUCGGUGGUGGAUAUACCAGAGUUGGAUGCGGCUACGAAAAUAUCUAGAAAGACCAGUUUCCGUUCCAGAUGCUUUUGUUAACAAGCCAAUGAGUCUUGUCUAUGUGGAAGAUGUUGCAGAUGUCAUUGUUAAGUACAUGUUUGGAGGUGAAGGCAUCCAGAAUGAAAACCCGGAUUAUGGAAAAACUACCUGUGUCAAAUUUCACGGCAAUCUGUUGUUGACUGGGCAUGAAAAUGGAGCUGUUCUGUGUUGGGCAAAUGCAGGCACUAAAACACAGACAUGUACAACUCUGCACAGGCAUCGGAGCACAGUGACAGCCUUGACUGUUGUUGAUAAAUCUAACCUGAAAAAUGGCAAAAGUCCUGUUUUUACAGUGAUUUCUGGAUCAGAGGAUCGGGAUCUUCGUUUCACAACAUAUGAGUUCAAACCUUUAAAAUCAGCAUGUUAUAAUCAUUCUACCGCUAUCACAUCCAUUAGUUCUUGGGGUCAGUAUUUUGUGACUGGAAGUCAUGAUACCAUUCUCUGUGGUCAGUGGGUCUUUCAUCUAUCCAGCAACUUGAAAUGGGAAAGGUGUCACCAUUUACUUGGACACAGUUGUUCAUAUGUACGAAGUACAGCAAUAUGGGGCAAUAAGGUUGUCACUGGUGAUGAUGAUGGCAAUGUUUAUAUUUGGGAAUUAAUAGAAACUAAUAAGCGUUAUUUACUACCCUUGGUAAUACACACUUUACCUGGGCCUGUGCAGCAAACCCUCAUUUGUGGAGAUCGAAUUUUGUGCUUAGCCAACAAAGAUGUGUUGGCAGUAAGUUUGAAUGGUGAAAAGUUUUAUAAGUUCUCUGUAUAUAAUGAAUUAUUUCGAAAUCCUGAAUGUUUAGGAGCUUGGGGUCCAAUUUUGGCGAUUGGGCUUAAAUCAGGAAUAGUAGCUGUGUACCACUUCGAGAAUGAUGCAGAAUGGCAAAACAUCAAUGUGUCUAAACCCUUGCAAAUGUUGCACUCUGGACAAGAACAUGUCAUUGAUGUUGAUAUCACAGACUCGGGUCUUGGUUUAUCAAUAACCUUUUCCACUGAUGACAAUUCCGUCCACCUGGCCCACUGGUUACCACAUCUACCACAAACCACAACAUAG